GGAGAAAGUUAUAUUAUUGUGGGGGAAUUACUUCCACUUCGGAAAGUUCGACUACCUCCGAUUUUUUCUACCUUGAUGUUUCAGUCAUUCCAUUUUCUUCAACCGAUGAUGAUCUUCCGUGGACUGAUCUUACUAGCACUGGCGUUACUUAUACGUGUUGGGGAACUGCAGUGGCCGGUGGAGUAAAUAACACCCAGUUUAUACUAUUUGGUGGUCAUAUGUCGCCAGAUAAUAGUAGCCUAGUUUUGGUGUAUGACACAAUAAAUAAGACGUGGUCAAAACCUACAAUUUCCGGAGUAGCCCCGAUACGUAGAAGGUCAACACAUGCUGUGAUUGAUUCACAAGGAAAGAUGUAUAUAUUUGGUGGAUAUGCCGAUCAACUUACGGAUUACUCGGGUUCAGAAUAUUUUAAUGAUAUUAUAAUAUUGGAUACUAUUAAUUGGUCCUGGAGCUACGGAUCCAGCGAUAAUGCACCUUCACCAAGGGGAGCUUUUACUGCCACGCUGUUGCCGGAUGGCAAAAUCGUAUAUAUUGGGGGAGCGUAUGAAAACCUAACGCUAGUUCCAUUCUCAGAGUUAAAUCUUUAUGAUACGAUAUCGGAUGAAUGGAGUACAAUGACUGCACAAGGUUCUAUUCCAAGUCCUCGCGAAGGACAUUCCGCAAUUAUUACUUCGGAAGAGCAAAUAGUGGUUUAUGGUGGAAAUUUGACAGAUAGCUCUAGUAAUAGUUCUCAAAUAGAAAUUUUGGAUACAACUGUGUCUCCUUUUUCAUGGUCGGAACCAGAUGCUUAUGGCACUUGGCCUUCGGAACUUAUAUUUCAUACCGCCGAUCUGGUCGGAUAUAUGAUUGGUCAAGGAGCGUCGAGUAGCGUUUACUUACUGGAAGCCGAAAGCGAAUAUUACAUAUGGCUUUACACUGAGCAAACAAAUACAUAUUCAAUAUCAACAAGUUCGAUGACAACUGAGACAAGUACGACAUCAACAUCUACCGAAACUUCGACAUCCACAGACCAAAGUAAUCAAAACUCUUCAUCAUCAACAUCAAACUUGGCAAUUGCGGGUGCGGCUGCCGCAUCUGCGGUGGUAUUGGCAGCAGCUGCUGCUGCGAUUGCCAGAUAUUUGCGAAAAGAUGGUGGAGGUAGUGAUGGUAAAGAACGAAAACCACCUAUUACGUAUGGAUCGCAAGUAGCCAUUAUUCACGAGCCCACAAAUAAGUAUUUGACUACUAGGGGCGAUAAGUAUCAAUCAAGCCAACAAUAUGUAGUUGCUGGUGUAGACGAUAAUAAGGGGGACAUAAAAACUAGAAUAUGGACGGUUAUCGGAGCAAAUGGUUCAGAUGUAACAGAAGGAGGUACUAUUCCAUUUAACACUGUUAUUGGAUUCAAGCAUAACGAAGCAGGAGGAAAUUUGCAUUCCCACUCAAAUUCUGGAAUACAUUUUACUCAAAAAUCGAGUCAACAGCAAGUAACUAUCUGCUUGGACAUAAACAAAGACGAUGAUUGGAUUGUCCGACCACAUAGUUCCGACACUGUCGAUGAUGCUUCGGGCAUUCUGGCAGACGGUGAUGUUGUUAAUCUGCUUCAUGUUACGACUGAUAAGCCUCCACUUUAUAGUCAUGGUGUCUUAUUAGACAAUGGAACCCAAGAGGUUUCUUGCUAUGGAAGUGGAAGUGAUGAAAAUAAUAAGUGGCGCAUCGAAAUAAUUGCCAAUCCGGUUAAAUAUGGAUCGACGGUCGCUUUUAUUCACGCAUCCACAGGAAAAUAUUUAUCUACAAAAGGAGUCGUAGCUCCAGGAAAUACGCAACUUAUGGUCGUUUGUACUGGUCAAGAAAUCGAUCCCAAAAAUGACCUUUGGACUGUUAUCGGAACUCAUGGUACAAUAACCCAAUUUGGAGAAUCAGUGCCUUAUGGAACUGUUGUCAGAUUAAAGCAUCAGGCAACGAGGGGAAAUUUACACUCCCAUACUGCAAGUUUUGGGACAACUCCAAAAUCCAAUCAACAACAAGUAACGAUAUAUCCGAGUGAUAACGAUGACGACAAUUGGACUAUUAGACACUAUAGCUCAAAUACUGACUUUUCUGAUUCUGGUCUUUUGGUGAUGGACAGUAACUCUAUUAGUCUCCUUCACAACACUACUAAUAUGAAUGCACUCUACAGUCAUGAAAUCCUAUUAGAUGAUGGCUCUCAGGAGGUUUCUUGUAAUGAGAAUGGACAUAAUGAAAAUAAUAAGUGGUACAUCAAAUUGGUUGAAAGACCAAUUUUGUACGGAUCCAAGGUCGCCUUCAUUCACGUAUCCACUGGAAAAUACUUAUCUACCAAAAAAGUUCCAUCUCCCGUAACCCAGCAAUAUGCUGCCAUCUGUACUAGUCAUGCAAUCGAUUUGGAAAAUGAUGUUUGGACAGUUAUUGAAGGUUUUAACGACAACGUAAACGAUGGUGGCUUUAUAUCCUUUAACACUCUUAUUGGGUUUAAGCAUCGAGCAACAGGAGGAAACUUACAUUCUCAUGAUACGUCUGAUGGAAAAAUCACUAUAAAAUCAAGUCAACAGCAAGUAACCGUUAAUCUGGGCAGAGAUGCUAACGAUGACUGGCUUAUUCGACGAUAUAGUCCUGAUGAGGAUUAUGACAACUUGGGCUAUCUGAUGGACGGUGAUAUCAUUAGUCUCUCUCAUAACACGACCAAUAAUCAACCACUCUAUAGUCGCGAUAUUCUAUUAGAUGAUGGAACCCAAGAAGUUUCUUGCAAUGGAAACGGACAUGAUGAAAAUAACAAG